AUGUAUCCAUCUAGUGAGCAGCCCACUGCAAGUCGGCAAUUAACCUUGGCUGGACAAAGAGUUGGCGGCGGCAGAACGACCUACAGCAGCAGCGGUACGAGUUAUGGAUUUUAUUUUAUCAGUCAGCUGGCAGGCAGCUACCAACGGCUACACAGAAAGAACUCGGGGCCAGCUCAGCGAUGCUGCGUGUAUUCCUUCGGAAGAGAUUGUAUCUUGAGUGCUGAACUAAUGUGUACUGACCACGCUCAAAAGAGCCAUUAAAUGGGAAAAGGGCUUAGUUAAACGAUUUCCCUUCACUUUCGGUGUGAACGCAACCAUUUCUUUGUGUGUAGCGCAACAACUGAUGACCUGAGCCGGCGUUGGUGUCACACCCACAACAUUUGGCUUUCAUUCAUCGGCCCAUGCUGAAUGGAAAAACUGAGCCGAGCCGAGCUGAGUUGAGUUGAGUUGAGCUGGGUUGGAUUGGCUUGG